AUGGCGGACAAGAGCGGCGAUGCGGGUGUGGACAAGACGAGCAAGAUGACGCCCAUCUCUCGCUCGGCGAGGGCUGGGCUGCAGUUCCCCGUUGGGCGCAUCCAUCGCUUCCUCAAGCAACGCGCGACCAACAAUGGGCGAGUGGGUGCCACGGCGGCCGUCUACAGCGCUGCCAUCUUGGAGUACCUUACGGCCGAGGUGCUCGAGCUGGCGGGCAACGCAUCGAAGGACUACAAGGUGAAGCGCAUUACGCCGAGGCAUCUUCAGUUGGCUAUCCGUGGCGACGAGGAGCUCGAUACGCUCAUCAAGGCCACAAUCGCAGGCGGCGGUGUCAUCCCGCAUAUCCACAAGUCUCUCAUCAAGAAGUCGAACAAGAAGGAGCAGGCCGGACAGUGA